AUAGGUCACAGUUUAAUUGCUUAGGUAUAUUUUUUAUAAAAUACACCAAAGAAAGGUGACUAAUGUGAAUUGGUCAUGCCUGAAGACACUGAGCCCUGAACAAUCCAGUGGGAUCAGGAACUGAGAUAAAAUGCUAAUAUAUGAGAGGAAGUUCUUUGAUCUCCUUCCCUGCAGGUCCUCUUUUGUGUUUUAUGAGAGGCCAAAACUCUUCUAGUGCAUGCAUGCAUUUGUAUGUGUCUGUGUGAGUGGGUGCAGUUGUCUAACUAGUUGUGUUCACGAGUGAGUCCAUUGUGCACACACGGCUGAGCGCAGGAAGGAAUUACAGCAAGCUGGAAACAAAAGCAAGACUAAGUUUGCACUAAGCUAAGGAUGCUAAAUGCAAAAACUACAUAAGAAAAUCAACAGAGAAAUUUACUGCACAGAGUUCUGGAACAGACGAAAUCAACAGCUGUUGUGGGUGUGUGUGAUCUCCAGCUGUGUGUGUUUGUUUGUGUUUGCAACACCGUGCCGCCCUUGACCUGACUGGACUGACGCCAUGCUGUGGACGCUCCUCCUGGCUUUGAUCCUGCUGCUGUUGCUCCAGGCUCAGCUGCUUGUUUGUCUACACGAACUCCGAGCCACUCUGACCGCUGUGACUUCGAAGACCCCUUCUGGAACUUUCAAUGCCAUGGCUCUGCAACGUCUACCAGGGGCCAUCAUCAUCGGAGUGCGCAAAGGAGGCACCAGGGCCCUUUUAGAGAUGCUCAACUUACACCCUGAUGUGGAGGUAGCCAAGACAGAGAUCCAUUACUUCAACCAGGAGGAAAACUUUCGGAAAGGUCUGGACUGGUACCGUGCCCAAAUGCCCAUCACCCUCCCUGGGCAGCUGACUGUGGAAAAGACUCCUGGCUACUUUACAGCACCACCGGCCCCGAGAAGGAUAUGGGCCACAAAUCCAGCAGUAAAACUGCUGCUGAUUGUUCGCGACCCAGCAGAGAGACUUGUGUCAGACUACACACAAGUUCUCCACAACCGUAUUCAGCUAAAUAAGCCAUACCAGCCACUGGAAGAGAUGUUACUACCACAAGGACACAUCAACCCUAAAUAUAAGGCCCUUCAGCGGAGUUUCUACUACCAGCACCUGGCCAGAUGGAUGGAGCUUUUUCCCAGGGAGCAGAUCCACAUUGUGGAUGGAGAGGCACUGAUCCAGAAUCCUUUCCCUGAGCUCCAGAAAGCGGAGAAAUUCUUGGAACUUCCACCUCGGAUAAAGCCAGAUAAUUUCUACUUCAACGUCACAAAAGGUUUUUAUUGUAUGCUGUCUGCGGGACAAGACAAGUGCCUGGAUGAGUCGAAAGGAAGACCACACGCACCUCUAAGCAAUGAGGCAUUCCAGAAACUCUGUAGAUAUCUACGAAUACCCAACCAAAUAUUUUUCAGAAUGGUGGGGCAGAGAUUUGACUGGUGCUAAAGACAGACAAAAAUAAUUGACAUUUCUCACAGACACUGAGAAUGGGAUUCAUACUAUUAUUGGAAAACCGGUUCUAUGAAAAUAUUCCAAUGUUGCUAUAUAGUAAUUGGAUCAAAAGUGACUGGAUGACCAGACUGCUUGAGGGACAAACAGGCUACAGUAAGGUUCCAGAUGAGCAACAAAAAAAAUCUGCUGAACACUAAUACAUAGACAGGUUGUCUUCUGUGGACAACAGAAUAGUUAUGCAGGACUUCACUGUUUGGAUCACCUUUGUCGCCAAACAUCUGAUCCAUCAGUUCAAAUGGAGAUGCUGUGGAUUUGUGAUGGAAAACAAUGGCUAGAUUUCCAUUCAGUGAAGAGACUGAACUUGAAAGUCCAAGCGGUGGACUUGGUUUUCUCUAAUAGAAAAUAAAGACAGAAUGUGGAUAGACAUAAAGGUUUGCAUACUGCAAGAAAAAAAAAAAACUGAAAUAUAUUCCCAGUGCAUAAAGUGGUGCUUGGAAAAAAAAUUGUCAGCUGUAAUUAUUCUAGUUUAAUUAUUUAAUUCUCAUGUUUAAUAUACUAAUUUGUACUUCACUAUUUUAUUUUAAUGUUUCAAUAGAAAUGUCUGUUUUUUUUUAAAAUCUUGGUUCUUUAAAUUAAUCAGGUUUUUGAUAAUGUCAUAAGUUAAUGCACUACAUUCUGUUUUCUAUUCAAUAAAUAAAUGUACAGAAAUCA